CCCUGGAGGAGAUGGCGAGGGUUUUAGUAGCUUCUCACAUUUUUGGCUCAAACUCCGCGUCAAACUUCAAAACCAACAGAUUCGGAUACUCCGAGGUCAUUAGAUCGAAUCCUCUUUGCGGAGAAGAUGCAAUCGAUUCGUAGCGGCACAAGGCUGCUCCAGAGGAACCGUUUCUCAAUCUCCAACACUCUUCGUUUCACUUCGUCUUCUCCCGCAAGCUUGUCCGAGAAUGAAUCGAGGAGGCUAGGAGGAGGGUUUGAUUAUUCCCGUUCCACCAGAGCUUUCGAUUCGCCAGCGACAUAUCUCAUUAGCUCGUUGACAAAGGCUGUUUCUUUCUCUUCCGUACUACCUAGACAAAACUUAACGUAUUCAUCGAGGUGCUUUUCCACCGUUGGGGAUUCUGUUCAGUCUGCUCCUCAAGGAUUCCCUGGGUCAGCUCCUGAUGCGCCUCCAAGAAUCAAGUUCAAGCGGCUUGAUAAAACCGCCAAGCAUAUAAUGCAGAUUGUAGACAAGGAGGCAGUUGAGGAAGUGAGAACUCGUAGAGAGAUACCGGAGAUAAGGCCCGGUUACAUUGUGCAGCUCAAAGUGGAAGUGCCUGAGAACAAGAGGCGUGUUUCAAUCGUAAAAGGCAUUGUGAUAGCAAGGCGUAAUGCUGGUCUUAACUCUACGUUUAGGAUUAGAAGGCUCGUGGCUGGAGUGGGAGUCGAAUCCAUGUUCCCCUUGUAUUCUCCAAACCUGAGGGAGAUUAAGGUGUUGGACAAGAAGAGAGUAAGAAGAGCGAAACUUUAUUACCUCAGAGACAAGAUGAACGCUCUCAAGAAGCAUUAGCACCUUAAUCAUCAUACAAACAAAAGAGUACUCUACGCUCUUAAACAAAAUCUUGAGUGUUUUUAUUUAAUGACGACUCUGCUUUGAGUCACUUAUUGGACUGUGUAAUGUUGUUGAAUAAUGAUGGAACCUUCAAGCUAUAUUUUUUCUCUA